GAACGUGAUACUGAACGAGCUCACCAUCCAUCGCAGGUCAACACCACUCGAGUCAUCUUUAUUCUCCCCACAAUCAUCCUGUUCCUCAUCUUCAAAGUCUUUGACACUGUCCCCAUACUCGUCGCAUUCCCUUUGGCAUUGGCUCUAUUCAUGGCCAUGCAGACGGUGAGCAAGCUUGGUUUGAAGCUCCUUUACUCAUCAGACCACAGAUCGUAAUGCGUUUAUUGCUGUCACACAGGGCAGAAGACAAUCCAAUAUCAUCUUCACCACAUUUCGCCGCUAUCAUCACGGCCUCUCUAGUAUGGGUGUUUUAUGCUUGGGCAACUCGUCUACUUCGAGGGACGCCAGGUCACGCUUUCACCAAUCUUGCGUUCCUCGUCUGCGCUCUCCUAUGCAGCGCUAGCUUCUAUAAAGCCAUACGGACAGACCCAGGAUUCGUACCAAAGCCCUCUGGGGGCUCAGACGUGAAGAUGAUGUUAGAGGAUCUCGUCGAUGCUGGACGACUGAACGGGACAAAUUUCUGCAUCUCAUGUAUGACGAAGAAGCCUCUUCGCUCAAAGCAUUGCCGGGUUUGCAAGCGAUGCACUGCUCGGUACGACCACCACUGCCCAUGGAUAUGGAACUGCGUGGGAUUCCGCAAUCAUCGCUACUUUCUCUCUUUUGUCCUGUUCUUGAUCGCUGGCAUAAUCCUGUUCGACCGAUUGACGAUCGAUUACGUCUUGGAGAACGCUCCUGCAUACUCCCCUUCCCCAUCCCCUGGCCUGACCGUCUGCGACUUAUCGGAAACACUGUGCCGGGCCGGAUCAUAUGACGCCUUCCUCAGCGCUGUUGCUUUCUGGGCCACUUUACAGCUGACAUGGACAUUAAUUCUCGGCGUGUCCCAGUUGUGGCAAGUAUCUCGACAAAUGACGACACUAGAGGUCUCAAAUCUGGGUCGCUACGGGUACAUGGGCGGUCGAGGCGGUCAGAGCCUUAGAGAUCAAUCCGGGGCCAUGCGUCAAGCUGCUGCAGUAGGCGCAGGCGUGGGACCGAUGGGUGCGAGCGAGAACGCACCGCCUGAGAGUGGCAUAGCUGGCCCGGAUGGGAACUUGAUAGCAGCCCGAGGCCCUGCAAAGCACUCGCAUGGUCCUCACGGACACGCGCACUCUCACGGUUCAUUCCCUGUACGGUGCUGUGGAGCACUGUGGAAGGGGAUUUCUGGUCCGAUGAUGCAAGUGCUUGGUCUUGAUCGAUUCACCAAAGGCAAAGCACUGGGAGGUAUGAGAAAAGCGGGCAGAGAUCAAAACCCAUUCGAUAUGGGCAUCAUACAGAAUUGCAGCGAUUUCUGGCUCCAUCCCAACGACAUCGACUACACUCAAGUGUACGAGAUACCAGCUGAGGGAUGGAAGUCGUAUAGACGUCGGGCGAAAAUGAGCACAGGAGUUGGCGCCAAAGGAGCCUACGAGCCGGUCAGCGGGGAAGAAGUCUAAAGUCUAGCUCGAUCAGGACGUCUUGUACAGCGGUCCGCUUCUCAUGCACUAAUGGCCAUCAUCUCGACAUGUCUCAGUGCUUCUCUGGAGACCUUCGUGCGUGGCAUACAGGCAUGACGGCUUCAUCGCUUG